CAUCAUGAGAAAGAAAAGAGAAAACAUUUUCAUCAGCCAUUACUACAUUAUUUCAGUGUCACAUCAUUAAGUUUCAAGUCUGACUCAUGUUAGCAUUUAACAUAGAAACAUUUUAACAAUAAAAGUCUUGAUAUUCACUUCUCAUCAAUUUAACAAAACCUUGCUGAAUAAAAGUAUUAAUUUCUUCAAAAAAAAUGUUGACCCCAAACAUUUGACAGUGUAUAUUGUUACAAAAGAUUUAUAUUUUAAAUAAAUGUUAAGCAUCACAACUGUUUCCAACAUUGAUAAUAAAUCAGCAUAUUAGAAUAAUUUCUGAAGGCUUCAUAUGCAACAGACACAGGAGUACUGCAAGUUGACCGAUUAAUGAUCAAUCAUAAAUUCAUGAGCAUACACGUCCGUAGGUGUUGUGGCAGUGAGUCAGGGAAGACAGGUCACCAGUCUGAGGGAGUAAUUGAGAACAGAGUGUGGGAGGAAAAGAUAUAAAUAUAAAAAGGGAGAAAUGAUGUGUAAGAGACGCGGAUGAACAAGAGUUCAAGCUCUCCCAGCUGUAAUACUGUUUAAAAUGCAUUCUAUGCAAAACGCUGAUGUGUCAUCUCCCCUUCCCCACUGCACUCGCUCUCUCUCUCUCUGCUUUAGUUGCCAUCUGCUGUUCUAAUCAGAUAGAAGAGCUUUUCUGUGCAGCGGUGUGGAUGUGAAGCUCUUUCUGCAGGAGACCUGAGCCAUGCCAAACAGAGACGGCUACAGGUCACACUCUCUCAAUGCUUCAGGGGGAUUCUGUCUGCAACAGCAAGAUGAUCUGUGCAUGAAGUGACACUCAUCUUUUACGAUCCUUUCGGAAUCAUUGCAUGUUGUGUCAAACCAGCUACAUCAUCAAACUGUGUGAGCAUAAGAGACUAAGUUCCAACCUAAAAACAAGCUCAACAUGACUAUUACCAUUCAAAACAUCACAGCCACCUCUGCCAUCGUCAGCUGGCCGUCAUCCCCAGGCUGCGUGGACACAUUCUACAGCGUCAUGUAUCACCCUAACUGGAACAGCCUGCUGAUGGGUUACACACGCAAGAGCUUCCUGCAGGAGGACAGAGUUCCUGUGAGCCAGACAUCCACCAGUCUGGGCCGCCUCAGUCCACAGACCACUUACAUCCUCUGUGUCACCUGCCAGUCCGCCAAUCCCACCAGAGAGCAGUGCCAGGUCUUCAGUACUCUAAACGAGGGCACUGAACUUGGUGAGAGUGGCCGGGAUCUGGCAAUGGGAGUCUGGCUGGCCAGCAGCAUCCUGUUGCUGAUCAUUGCUUUGGCUCUGCUUUGGGGAUGUCUCCACACCAUGUGUCCAGCAAAAAGGGACCCAGAAAGAGGCAGCCAGUCAGGUCCGAACCCUCCACACCUGGCUCUGACCCCCAUGGUUGGGAACAUGGGCAGCGAAGGAAGAAAAAGUCUGUACAUGCCCGGUUGUGGUGGGGUAGACUCUCCGAACGCAACAGUGAUUGAGAAUGUUUAUAGAGACGAGCACGGCAGAGAAAUGGCAAAGGGGCAGAGUUGUGAACUACAAACACUCAGUAAUAAACCUAGAUAUGCCCCCGGGUCAGAAUAACGGACACACCAGAUUGUUACCUUGAUGCACUGACCUCGAAAACUCAAACUAUUCGAACUUACACAACGAAGACAUUCACAGGGAUGAAACCAUUUUGAGGAAAUUAGACUUAGGACUUUUGAGCUGGGCUUAUGGGGUUAAAUUAGCAUUAAAAUGUCAGAUGAAAACAAA